AUGAGAACUUUAAAGGAGGAAGUAAGAUCCAAUGUGCAAAACCAGGGGGCUGCCAUUAAGAAGCUUGAGGAACAAGUUGGAUAUCUAUCAAAGCAAAUCCCUACCCAUAAUUUUUUUAGUGAUACCAUGGCAAACCCAAGGGAGGAAUGUAAGGCCAUUACACUUAGGAGUGGAAAGGAAGUGAAGGAAGCCCCAAAGGAAACACAAAAGAAGGAAGUUGAUAAAGGUAUAAGUGACAAAGAAGAAACAGAAGCACAUACUCUCAACCCUCCCCAAGAAAAAGAGAUCUUGAGGCCAUAUAUUCCAAAAGCUCCUUACCCUCAACGAUUGAGGAAGAGUGAAAAUGACAACCAAUUCUCCAGAUUCUUGGAGAUUUUCAAGAAACUCCAAAUUAACACCCCCUUUGCGAAAGUGCUAGAGCAAAUUCCACUCUAUGCCAAGUUUUUGAAGGAGUUAAUGACCAAGAAAAGGAGUUGGAGAAACGAUGAAACUAUAGUGUUAAAAGAAGAGUGCUGUGCUAUCAUUCAACACAAACUACCCCAGAAACUGAAGGACCCUGGGAGCUUCCAAAUCCCUUGUGUUAUAGGAGAAAUCACCAUGGAAAAGGCCUUUUGUGAUUUGGGAUCCACCAUUAAUUUGAUGUCUUUAGCAAUGAUGAAAAGAAUGAAGAUUGAAGAAGCCAAACCAACAAGAAUGGCUCUCUGA